AGAACACUCUACUACUACAGUACAAAAUUGUAUAUAUAUAAACACCUGAAAGAUUUUAAUUACUUAUCCCUAUCAAAGAAACUAACACAAGUAUAAAUUUACAGAAAAAUGCUUGAUAAGCUUACCAGAGGGAUCGGAGGUCUCCGGCGCGGACAUGGGCAUUUCCAGGCAAGCGCAGGCUUCGGGUUCGAGGAGCACAAGGAGUUUUCGAGUCGUGUGGAGUCAUCAGGAGGCUUCGUUGACCGUCAAGCCCGCUACAACCACCGUACGGGCAACCAUGGCCGUCCACCCAUGCAUGUCUGGGAUGAAGAAGACUCAGACUCAGACGUGGAGGAGUUCUUUGAGAGCAGCCGGACCCAACACACUACUGCGUUGCCGCAACCACUUCAUAUGAACUUCAGGCCUCCACCUCCAGUGACUCAGCCUCACCACAACGGAAAAAUGGGAAAGAUAGGUAAUGGAUUGCAGCAGGGACACGAGAUACAUGGGAUGAAGCACCAGGGCGGACAUGGGAUCCAGCACCACGACAUACACGGGAUGCAGCACCAGGGCGGGCACGGGAUGCAGCACCAGGGCAUGCACGGGAUGCAGCACCAGGGGGGGCACGGAAUGCAGCACCAGGGCGGGCACGGAAUGCAGCACCAGGGCAUGCAUGGGAUGCAGCACCAGGGGGGGCACGGAAUGGAGCACCAGGGCGGGCACGGAAUGCAGCACCAGGACAUGCAUGGGAUGCAGCACCAGGGCAGGCACGGAAUGCAGCACCAGGGCGGGCACGAAAUGCAGCAUCAGGGCAUGCAUGGGAUGCAGCACCAGGGCGGGCACAGAAUACAGCAUCAGGGCAUGCAUGGGAUGCAGCACCCGGGUGGAGUAGUGGUAAACGCUACUGAGAAUUGGCGGGUCAGCAAAAUCACCGGCCAGAAACUCGGGUGGGGAGGUAAGGGACUCUAGACUCCACCUAAAUACUAUGCCGGUUCAAAUAAGAAAGUAAUGAUUAUGUACCCAAAUAAUACAUUUAUAAGAUGUAUGUGUGUGAUGGACAUGUUUCUGUAUCGUACCAAAACUAAAUAGGUGGCUUUUAUCCCAAAAAAGUGCUUUCGUUUGAUGACCUUAUGAUUUCUAAAGAGUGUUGUUGUUGCUGCUUAUGUUUAAUAAAAGUGAUGUAUAUUAUCAGUUGAUUUCCCCACGUGGAAGGGGUGAUUAUAUUGCACAAAAUUAAGUUAAAAGUAACAUUGUGGUGUAAUAAAAACCCUAGUGAAUUUAUAACCUAUAAGUAAGUGGUGCAGUAGUGAAUUUAUAACUUAUAAGUAAUUUAUAACUUC